AAAGGAAUCAAUGGCUGUUUAGUUUUUUUGACAUCUUGACGGCUUUCAAGAGAGAGUGUGGCGAGUCGUAUUAUAAAUGACAUUGACUUGUUUGUUAGGCUCAUUUCUUCAUGCGAUACAAUUUUGUAAUCUAAGUAAGUUCUUUUUUUUCGAACGUAGACGUUUUUGUUGUUUUUUUUUGUUUCUAAUAAUCAAGUUCAAGAUUUAUUUCUGAAGACCACAGCAAGUAAACAAAAACCAAAACGAAAAUCAUGGUGUCCAUGUCGGACGUUGCGAAGAAGGAGAAGAUGGCACAGCUUGUGGCUGAUAUGGAAGGGCAAUGUAGCUGGAUUCCUAUUGAGGGAUUCCUUGGAACGAGUGUCCGCGUGUGGCGAGAAAAAGUACCCCAAACUCAAUCCUGGUGCUACAUCCCGCUUAUUGCGUCGGCACUGGGAUCUCUUCCACCAGAGCUACUCGCCCAGCAAGAUGAAGAAUUGUCGAAUGUUAUGAAUCCUCGUGGCGCCUCCGUCAGAGUACUUAGGCUUAGUCCGUUGAGGUAGCUAUGGAUGUUUUCAAUUAGACCUUACGCUGACUGAAAUCUGGAGGUCGGUGUAUUUAUCCUCGACAAAGAUGAUGCUAGAACUAGCUGGCAGGAAGAUCCAAGCCAUGAAACUUGAGAAAAAAUGCGAACACCUAGUUGGGAAUACGAAUACUCUUUGUUGUACUACUGGUAAUACGAAUUCGUCAUUUCUUUUUUCGGUUUGCUUUCCUAGUUAGGUUUGCUCCAGCAAUCUUAUUGUACUACGCACUUCUACUUCUUCUAUGUAGUGAUACUAGCUUUAAAUAUGCUGGUGAAUCGACGAAGGGUGCUUCGGCGACAAGAUUUGCGACAGAAGAGGAUAUUGCGAAUGCCCAAUCCUUUUGGCGAGCGACGUUUUCGAGAUGGGAUGCAUGGGUAGCCGAUUUGCAAGCUGGAAUCACGCGGAAGCAUGGGUCUUUAGCCUCGUGUCGUAUUUUUUUGGCAGCCAAUGCUGGCAAGAAAGGAAACAAAAUUGAGGCUCGUUUCAAUUCCACAUAUAAUUAAAUACACAAUGCAUACCCGUCUAAGGACUGGGUAUACCAUCAUCGUCAUCAUUGCAAUUUUAUUUUUUUUUGUAGUGCCAUGCUUAUCCGGAAGGGAAGAGCUUGCAUGUUUAUCGGCUUUCCGUCUUCGGAAUAAGUGAGAAAAUGGAAGCAAGAAACUAAAUACCUUGAGCUCACUCUAACAGAAAGGGCGCAGAAAAGGGCCGGGAUGAUCAUGGUGGCGAUGCUAGUUCGUCAGGGUCGCAGCGGGACGGGCCUGGUGGGGACGCUGGGAAGAGUAAUCAUGUGGGCGCAACUUCUACAGGAGACCUCGCUUCCAAUCAGAACAAAGGGGACUAUGGAAACGGAAAGAAGGGCAAAGGCAAGAGAAGAGGUAAGAAGGGUAGUACAACACCUCUCGUAGUUGGCCAAGCAAAAAAUUUCGGGGUAUUGCCGCAUCCCCCGGCGCGGCAACAAGAAAUGCUUCUUGAGUCAUGCCUAAAUCCAGAUUUACUCGUCGAAAUUUACGCGAGUAUAGGUUUUAUCAAAGCACAGUGCGAACAACGUCAACAUCAGACAGCGAAGUGA